GGCGGGUCCAGGCCAGCAAAGACCUCUGGGACUACCGGCCUCUUCCUCGAACAAAAGAACAUCUAAGAGUCAAGAUGGCGGAAUCACUCGUGAAUGAAACUGUGGCGAAUCUUUCGGCGGCAGUAAACGAAACGGCCAAGAAUGCCACUGGAAGAGCCGCGGCAACGCCGGAAGGAAUGUUUGUGGCGUAUUCUAGUUUGGUUUUGAUGGCCCUUUUACCAAUAUUUUUUGGUUCUUUUCGCUCAGUCAAGUAUCUCAUUGAACAGAAGAAGUCUGGUGAACAGCCCGAAAGCAUGACAUCAAAAGAUGCUGCCAUGUUUCCCAUCAUUGCCAGUUGUACCCUUCUGGGUCUUUAUAUCUUUUUUAAGCUGUUCAGCAAGGAAUACAUUAACUUGCUUCUCACAGUGUAUUUCUUUGGUCUUGGUGUGUUGGCUGUCACACAUCUGCUCAGACCAAAUGUUGAACUUUUGCUGCCAGCAGCAUUUCCAAACAAGAACUAUACUCUUGAUCUAACAGAGGGAAAAGGUGACAAGAAGUCAGAAAUUGUAAACUAUGAGUUUGAUAGAAUAGACUUGCUUUGCCUUGCCAUUUCUUCUGCUUUUGGAGUGUGGUAUUUAUGGAAGAAGCACUGGAUUGCCAAUAACAUAUUUGGUUUGGCAUUUUCUCUCAAUGGAGUUGAACUUCUUCACUUGAACACAGUAACAACUGGCUGCAUUCUUCUGGGAGGACUCUUUGUCUAUGACAUAUUUUGGGUGUUUGGAACAGAUGUUAUGGUAACUGUUGCCAAGUCAUUUGAAGCACCAAUCAAAUUGAUUUUUCCAAUGGAUCUUCUUGAGAAAGGAUUAUCUGCAUCCAACUUUGCCAUGCUGGGCCUUGGAGACAUUGUUAUACCAGGAAUAUUUAUUGCACUUCUGUUAAGGUUUGACCACAGCAGCAAGAAAGACAAGGCCAGCCGGGUGUAUUUCUACUCUGGCUUCAUCGCUUACUUUGUGGGCCUGGUAAUGACCGUUCUGGUGAUGCACACUUUCAAAGCUGCUCAACCCGCCCUGCUGUAUUUGGUGCCUGCCUGUCUAGGAACACCAAUCACGUUGGCUUUGAUCAGAGGAGAAAUUUCAGAGUUGUUCAAGUAUGAAGAUAACCCGGAGAAAGAUAAGAAAGAAAGCGAAAAGACUCAAGUAGAAGGCAGCGAAGAUGUCAACGGCGACGCAAAGAAAAGCCAGUAAACGAACUGAACCCAAAUAAAUUAUUAUUGUCAGUUAUUAUAAAACGAUAAAACUUAAUUUUACCGCAUACUGUAGAAAACUGUGCCUGUUAUAAGCAAGAUAACAUUUGAAAGAGUCAUUUGAGACCUUACUUAUGCCGAAGAUUUUACAACCUUAAAUUUCAGAGGUUCGUCUCUUAAUUCCUUGUACAAGGUAUCCACUCAGUCGUAGAAAACUAUUAAAACUGUGAAGUUAAAAUCUUCUGCGUUAUGUGGAGUGGCAUUUGAUCGUUCAUCGCCUAAUGUUAUAUUCUCUUACUUUGAGAGACGUCUUUACUAUAGUUCCAAAGGAAGACAAGAGGGUAAAGAGAACAAGAGAGCCACGUAUCUUUUCCUAGGGAUUUUCAAUCACCGUUUUCCAGGGUUAUGUUAAAUGUUACAGAAGUAUAUGUGGAAAGACCUCUGUUAGUCGACGCCUUGUUGGAAUUGUCGAGACACUAUUUUUUUCUCUGUGGCUAUAGCGCAGUUUAGCAACUUACUUUUUGCGGUGUACAACGGUAUCUUCACAUUGAAGUAAACCUUCAAAGGCAAAAAAUGACAGCAAAAGAUUGAGACUGACAAUGAGCAACGAACUUUGAAAAAACUUAUGCGUGAUGUUUCAUCUCCUCUGAAGGGUCUGUGUCUUUUCUGGUGCAGCUUGUUGGCAAGUAUUAUUUAUAUUUAAUUGCUAUUCUAAGGGAUUUUAUUUUUUAGUUUAAACUGUGCGUAUGGAAACGAUGACUACAAAAAACUGACUUAAUAAAAGAGUUCAAGUAAAAAGUA